CGUCAAGCGACUGCACAUAAGAAUGUGCAUAUAGCCCUUCUACAUUUCCAGUUUAUUCAUGUGAAAAUCUAAUAAGAGUGUAUCAGGGGUAUUUAAGAGUGGGUUUACACAUGAAGAAAACAUAACGAAAUUAUUGUCAUCGAAAUUUCAAAGGGAAACACAAACAAACAUAAAACACCCAGCAAAUUCUGAGGUAUUUUAUAAGCGUAAAAUAAAAAUAAAAAGUAAACCUGCAAUGAGCUGCCAGAUCACUUGUGUUGGAUGGGUAAAGCAAGGAGUUGCCAAAGAAACACCUGACAAGGUUGAACUAAGUAAAGAUGAACUACAGCGUCUCAUCAGUGAAGCGAAAGAACAAAUUGAAGAUGAAACUGAAGAUGGUGAAGCUUUAGAUGAUGACGAUGAUGAGGGGGUCGCCAGUGCACAAGAACUGAGUGACGAGACAGAGGCUCCACAGGAACAAGAUGAGACUGAUGAUGAGAGACUGGAUAAAGACGAACUAGCAGAAUAUGGGCUUGAUAAAUAUGAUGAGGAAGACACAGAAGCAACAAAUCUAGGAGACAGCCUAGCAGGCCUCGCAGUCCAUGGAAAUAAUGAAGAGGACCCUUAUGUUACUAUUAAGGAUACUGAUCAGUAUGAGCGUGAGGAUUUUCAGAUUAAAUCAAAUGACAACUUGGUUGUUGCAGGCAGAGCUGAGAAGGAUUGCUGUAAUUUGGAGAUACAUGUAUACAAUAAUGAAGAAGACUCCUUUUAUGUGCAUCAUGACAUUCUCUUACCUGCAUACCCCUUGUGUGUAGAGUGGCUGAACUUUGACCCUAACCCCCAAGAAGGAACAGGAAACUAUGUCGCUGUUGGUAACAUGACCCCAGUGAUAGACGUGUGGGACUUGGAUGUGGUGGAUUGCCUUGAGCCGGUCUUCUCUCUUGGCAGUAAAAAAAUAACAAAGAAGAAAAAGAAGAGCAAGAAGGGUGCUGCUGCAGAGAGUGCAGUCGAAGGACAUUCAGAUGCUGUGCUGGACCUGUCGUGGAACAAGCUGAUUAGGAAUGUUUUGGCCAGCGCAUCUGCUGACAACACAGUAAUUCUAUGGGACAUGGCACAGGGCAAGCCAGCCUCAACUCUCACAUUACACACAGACAAGGUUCAGGCUUUGAAAUUUCAUCCAUUUGAAGCACAGUCACUCAUUUCUGGAUCUUUUGACAAGUCUGCGAUUCUUUACGAUUGUAGAAGUCCACAAGACAACCACCGGAUAUGGAGGUUUAGUGGUCAGGUUGAGCGAGUAAUCUGGAACCAUUUCUCUCCAUGGCAUUUCUUGGCCAGCACGGAAGAUGGAUUUGUGUAUUGUUUAGAUGCACGGUCAAAUAAGCCUGUCUUUACACUCAAAGCUCAUGACGGCGAAGUAUCAGGAUUAGAUCUGAGUAGUCAGAUAAAGGGGUGCCUAGUCACAUCCUCUUCAGAUAAGCAUGUGAAGAUCUGGGAUAUUCUUGGAAACAAGCCUAGUCUCAUCCACUCCAGAGAUAUGAAAAUGGGAGUACUGUUUUGUGCCUCAUGCUGUCCAGACCUACCCUUUGUCUAUGCAUUUGGUGGGCAAAAGGAAGGAUUACGCGUUUGGGAUAUUAGUGAUGUAGCUGCAGUGAAUGCAGCAUUUGGAAGUCGAGAACGGUUAGUGGUUGGCACACCACUGGAGGCAACAGGCAGUAGAACACAAGCCACCAGCAGUACUGAGAAUGCAAUGGAGUCGUAGUUGUGCCACAUAAGUCAGAACCUAACUAUGAAGACAGAUAGUGUAUAUGAAAAAAAGCAAAAACCUUGCACAAUGGAUCUAAGGUUAAAACAUUAACGCUGCCGUUGGAUAUAGCAUUGCUAUAAAAACAGCUACAGUUCACCAGUUAGUACAGUCCAUGCUACAGCAUUUGAUUUAACUUUGACAAAAUAAACAACUUUAUUUUGCAGUAAUUGUUACAGA